UAUAGCAUAAACCCUAGUUUUUCUUCCAUGGAGGUCAAUGGCAAUGCGGGCGAGGAGGACGGCUAUGGCGCCGCGCGCUUGUUCAAUCAGGGAUUCUCCUACACCUACGACGACAUCAUCUGCCUGCCGCGCUACAUCGAUUUCCCGGCCGACGCCGUCGAUCUCUCGUCGCAGCUCACGCGAAAUAUCCGAGUCGCGGCGCCCUGCCUCUCCUCCCCGAUGGACACCGUCACGGAAUCCUCCAUGGCGGUGGCGAUGGCGCGCGCCGGCGGCAUCGGCUUCAUCCAUUACAACAGCUCGCCAGCGGAGCAAGCAUCCCUGGUGAGAGCCGCCAAGAGCGCGAGCUUAGAGGUAGGAUCCACGCCAUCUCUGGGAAAAGAUGGGCGUGUUUUGGUCGGCGCUGCCAUAGGGACGAGGGAAGCCGACAAGGAGAGGCUCAAGCUCCUCGUGGAAGCCGGGGUGGACGUGGUUAUCCUGGAUAGCUCGCAGGGGGACUCGAUCUAUCAGAGGGAGAUGCUUGGCUACGCGAAAAAAUGGUUCCCGGAGGUGGACGUGAUCGCUGGCAAUGUGGUGACGAUGCAGCAAGCCCGGAAUCUGAUCGAGGCCGGUGCCGACGCUCUCAGAGUUGGAAUGGGAUCGGGUUCUAUAUGCACAACUCAAGAAGUUUGUGCUGUUGGAAGAGGACAGGCAACAGCGGUGUAUAAGACCUCGUCCAUCGCUCGAAAGUUUGGAAUUCCUGUGAUAGCUGACGGAGGGAUUUCCAACUCCGGACAUAUUGUCAAGGCUCUCACUCUCGGCGCUUCGACCGUGAUGAUGGGAAGCUUUCUCGCUGGAACCGAAGAAGCUCCCGGCGACUACUUCGACAGGGAUGGACAGCGUCUCAAAGUUUACCGAGGAAUGGGAUCUCUGGAAGCCAUGGCUAAAGGGAGCGAUGCUCGCUACCUCGGUGAGAAAGCCAAGAUGAAGAUCGCGCAAGGUGUCUCGGGGACUGUCGCGGACAAGGGCUCCGUCUUGCGGCUGAUUCCAUACACUAUGCAAGCCGUGAAGCAAGGAUUCCAAGACCUGGGAGUUAAGUCCGUGAAAGAAGCACACAAGGCUUUAUACGACGGACACAUAAGGCUAGAGGUUCGAUCAGGAGCUGCCCAAGUCGAGGGCGGUGUUCACGGCCUCGUUUCUUAUGAGAAGAAACGCUUCUAGUGCUGUUAGCUGCUUAAUCGUUUCCUUGGAUGCUAAGCAUCGUUUGGAGUUCUUU